UGAUCCUCGGGAGUUUCGUGUGAACCCGUGACGGGGUGAAGGCUGAAGGACAGUGGUCUCUCUCUCAGGCGGGUCUUGAAGGGAUUGUCACGUGUGAACGCGCGAAGCCUAAGAGAACGCUUCGGAACGGUGUGGGGGAAGCACCGUCGCUUCCCUGAGGUUUCUCCCCUGCUUAAAAUGUCUAAUGGUUAUGAAGACCACAUGGCAGAGGACUGCAGGGACGACAUGGGCCGGACAAAUCUCAUUGUCAACUACCUUCCCCAGAACAUGACCCAGGAUGAGUUGAGGAGCUUGUUCAGCAGCAUCGGAGAGGUUGAGUCGGCCAAGCUCAUCCGAGACAAAUUCGCUGGGCACAGCUUGGGUUACGGUUUUGUGAACUACGUGACAGCUAAAGAUGCCGAGAGAGCAAUAAACACACUGAACGGCCUGAGACUUCAGUCGAAAACCAUCAAGGUGUCGUAUGCCCGCCCCAGCUCCGAGGUGAUCAAGGAUGCCAACUUGUACAUCAGCGGGUUGCCACGGACAAUGACGCAGAAAGACGUGGAGGACAUGUUUUCCCGGUUUGGCCGCAUCAUCAACUCCCGCGUCCUGGUCGACCAGACUACAGGUCUGUCCCGGGGGGUCGCCUUUAUCCGGUUCGACAAGCGGUCCGAAGCCGAAGAGGCCAUCUCGAACUUCAACGGUCACAAGCCCCCGGGGUCCUCAGAGCCCAUCACAGUGAAGUUUGCCGCCAAUCCCAACCAGAACAAGAACGUGGCUUUGCUCUCACAGCUGUACCACUCACCUGCGAGGCGGUUUGGGGGACCCGUCCACCACCAGGCGCAGAGGUUCAGGUUCUCUCCCAUGGGUGUAGAUCACAUGAGUGGGCUUACUGGUGUUAAUGUCCCAGGGAACUCCUCUUCUGGCUGGUGUAUCUUCAUCUACAACCUCGGCCAGGAUGCCGAUGAGGGCAUUCUGUGGCAGAUGUUUGGUCCCUUUGGGGCGGUGACUAAUGUGAAAGUCAUCCGCGACUUCAACACCAACAAGUGUAAAGGCUUUGGUUUUGUGACCAUGACAAACUAUGAAGAAGCGGCCAUGGCCAUAGCCAGUCUUAACGGCUACCGGCUGGGGGACAAAAUCUUGCAGGUCUCCUUCAAAACCAACAAGUCCCACAAAUAACUUCAUUUCGUGGCUCCUCUGAUUUCUGUUUUUUUGUUUGUUUGUUUGUUUUUGUACGGAAUAGAUAAACGGAGUGACGGGGAGGAAAAAAAGGAUGGAGAAAAAAAGAUAACUUCCUUUUUUGUUUUGUUAGUGUACAACUCUUCAUAUAUAUAUAUACUUUUUUUGCGCCAACGGUCACGCACCGACACACACAAAAGUUGUUUUGUCUAAACUAAAUCAGAAGUGGAGGGGAAAGCAUUUUGUUUUGUUUUGAAAUAAUCUGGGAUGCCAUUGUGUUCAAAUGUUUUCUUGGGGGGGUUGCUUUUUAAAAAUUUUUUAACGUUUUAGGUCUGUUCUUUUAUGGGGGAAGUCCGAUCUUACCACUCCCUUCUAAAUUUCCCUUUUAAAAAAAGAGGAAGGUUCUGUAUAUGAUCUGUCUCGAGGCCUGCCCCCCACUCCCCCCAAAAAACCCUCCCAAUCUAAAUGGAGAGUGCGGUCCCUGCUGUGGGGUCAGGUCAUGAAAUGAUCCAGCAGAUUCCCUUUCGGAGUCUCGUCAAUUUCCCUGGACCAGCCAGAUCUGAGGUUCUUUCCCUGAACCCCCCCCCCCCUCAGCACGGAUCAUUUACAUGCUACAGUUCAUGUGCAUGGAAAAUGUCAGGAGAAUCUGGUGAAUGGCCCGGUGCCAGCCUUGCCCGAGUCUGUCCGCCAGAGCUGUGGAUUGUUAGGCAAAAACCCCUAAUGGAUGGAUCUUUGGGGUCCCCCCUGUCCCAUGCCUUGUAAAUUUAAAAGCCCCAUUCCCAGUAAGAAAGGACCAAAGGAGUUCCCAAGAAACUCCGGGAAGAUUUCAGAGUGAAAGAGAAGACGACAGAAACUCUGAUGCCAAUUCUUUGCCCUUCCUUUUAAGACUUCCCCUCGUUAAACAGCACUUCCCAGCAUUAUUCCUUUCCCGAUAAAAUGAACGUUGCAAGAUGCAGCAUUAAGUCUCCUUCCAAAUUCAGCUCUUCACUUGGACAACUGAAUUUCUUAGGUUUUUUUAUAACAUUGUUAUGAACAUUUGAACAUCAUAAGUUUUUGCAUCUCCUUCUAAUAAGUACCAGAUAAUUUCCCCCAUCCCAUUUUAAUAGGAGUUUUGUUCUGACAAAUAGCUUUUACGUGUUGAACACUCGGCAGAAAAAAGUACGUUAAAACUUGCAAGUUAGAGAUUUAAGAGAAAACUUUGAUUACUUUUUUUUUGGUAGACUAAAGGUUUUAAUUAACCCCCAACGUUUUCUUCAGGCUGCCUUGAAACUUUUGAGUUCUGUUUUCUGUUAAUUUUCUUUUGCUUUUUUGUGUUUUUGUUUGUUUUUACUUUUGCAUUUAAGACCAAUUAAAUUUCAUUUGGUUUUGCUCAAAUUUUGUUUUGGUUUGUUAUUUUAAUUUUUUAAACCCCCUCUUUACUCCAGUGAACCGCAUAGCGUCUGAGGUGGAAAGAUCACGACGGCUCCUUUCUCUGAGAAGGAGCCGGGUGGGGUGGGGUGGGGUCGAGAGCCGCGGCGAUCGGCCGGCCCCGUCCGAGGCUAGGUUUGACAGAAUGCACGUCCUUUUGCGGCCACGUUCGACGUAGGAAACAUCUCUGACGGGCUGUUCCUUCAGCUGCUAAGAAGGUUCCUAAAACUGGACUUUCGGCCUUGUUAAAAGCGGUAGCUCCAGAAUUGUGAGUACACCAAGGGGGGACCCUCUUUUGUGGUCCCUGGAAGAAGUUUCACUUGAACAGAAAUCACGCCCAUGCCUGCCGCACAUCACAGCGGGGAAGCUGUUCUAGGUGAGCCGGCUGGGGGAGGUGACAGGCCCGGUCCUGUAGUGCGGGCAGCUUAAAAUCCUAAACCCACCUCCUGCAGACUUGUAAGCUUGUCCCGAAGAAGGAGCCCCAAAGAUUUCCUGAGGGUUGAGGCUUAUGGGUGGCUUUUCUGGGAAGGUGGGUGGUGGGUGGGAGAAGAGCAUCAGCCCCUUCCUGCAUUGGAAGAGUCCCUCUCUCACCCAGAAUCGUGCUUGGAAAGGAACCCUGCGGUUCUGUUGGCUCCCUUUGAGGUGAGGAAGUAAACACCUCUUCCCCUCUUCAGGACCAUGCCUUGCGUCCGUACGAUGUGUUUUAGAAGCCUGGACUUGAAGUGUACGUCCUGUCCAAAAAGAACUUAUUUUGGGGGGGGCACCUGCCCUUGCACCCCUUGGUCAGACAUCUCCUUGGCUUUGCAGCCUCCCUUUGACGGACAGUGUUGCAUCUCGGAGGGACCAUGGUCUUGAGAAGAAGGAUCCUUUUAGGAAGAGGGUGGUCACCACCUACGUAGAGUUGCUUCAGUCCACCAUCUCCCCGCGGACGUUCUCGGGUCUGCUUCCUCGUUUUGUGUUUUUAAUGCUGCUUUGCGAAGCCCAUCCGCUCGCUUAGAGACGUCCCCUCUUUAGUUUAUCCACCGCAUCUCGAAUCUGGAAUGGGACUCCCCCCCCCUUACAGGCCUAUCUAAAAGGAAGAACAUGUUGCAUUCAUGGCCAAGUUUUGCUUUCUGCUUGUCAAAACUAAGCUGGAGUCCUCAAGCGUCUGUCCUGGAAAUAACCAAGCCUUUUUUCCCCUCUAUGCCAUUUCUUCUAAUCAGUCCUUUGGUUUUGCGUCUUGAGCCGGGCUGCUUUUGCUGUGCUUCCUCGUUCCUCCCAGAGGGUGUAAAACCAGAAAAAAAAAUUUAAAAAGCCUUCCCCAUUGGAACAGACUAUUGAGUUGUUCAGAAACGAGACAAGUUGGGGAGCAUCCGGAAGACUUAACGAUCGAGGGAUAAGGUUACUUAUUUCGCAGUCCAGGCAAAUCCACUUCGUUUCAGUUUGGAGGGAAACUUUUGCUGGGUUGUGCCCCUCAACUUGUUCUGUGGUUCCUUAAUUUAGCAUGAAGUCCAGGGUUUUAGACCCAUGCUUUUUCCUCCUUUCUUGAAUUCCCCUUGAAUUGCUAUGGUGCCUUUUAAAAAAAUCCUCAAGAAGAGCAUCUUUUAAAGAUGUUUUCCGUCUUUGUGUUUUCUUCCUUUGAAAUUGCUUUUGGCAACAUGACGGUUUUUGCAUUGUAAGUUUUAUAGUUUCUGUGCGUCUUGGUCAGUCCUCGCAUCUCUUCCUCUCUCUUGCCCUGCUGGCUUUCCGUGGCCGAUUCGCCACGUGUGCUCUUCUGGUCUCCAGCCUGCCUCCCGUCAGCCCUGACGAAAGGAAGGAAGGAGACGCAGUUUAUCGCAGCAUCCAUUUCUAGAAGCUUUUGUGGACCUCAUUUCCUCAAGUCUCCCUGCUGCUCUUAGCCACGUGCUUUGCCUUCAGAGUCAGAGCCAUCUGGAGAGGGCCUUCUCCCACACAGCUCUUGCCCAAGCCAGCUUCCCAGGGCAUCAUUUCAGCUGGACCCUGUCUGAACUUCCAGGAGGACUCUGUGACAAGACUCUGCUCACAAACCUGGAAAAUACUGAGAUGAGACCUCUGACAAAUGUACGUUUGGGGCCCGGGGUACAACGGAAAACCCUUUGGGAGCCAGACGUCAUCUUUAACAAGAGGCCAAAGUCUAAGGCCAUCACAGCAGAGGGAUGUUCUUAACAUAUGGCCAGGCUCCAGUUCCUGCUGAUCUUAUGAUAUUUAGAUUAGGUUGCAUUUUUAAAAAACAAGGGCUCAGUGAUGGAGGUCGAUUAAAUUCCCAGAUGUUCAGAGCGGAGAGAGGCGGUACGAGCGUUAGCGAGCAGUAUACUGACUGGUUAGGGUCUUGGUGCCCCUUUCUCUCCCUGCCUUCUUUCUUCUGAGGACGGGGGGGGGGGCACCUACUUUUCAGACGAUGGCUUCUUUACGUCUCCACCUCCAGAAUUGGCAGAAUGAGAAGACCGAAUGGGAUACUCUGUGGAAAGCCAGAAUGCUCCCGAGAGGCUCCGUUGGGUGUGAAGAGAGAAAUCCUCAAUUCUCAAGUGGUGUCCUUCCUCUAAAGCUCUUCAGCCUUUGAGGAGGCCUCUGCUUCCCCUUCUUUCCAGGAACAGCUGCUGGUUGUGGUUAUCAUCCCCUCCUCGUUAAAUUGGAGAAGCAUUCUUUACAGAGCCCCGCUGAAAAUCGGGACCAUUUUAGGCUGGCCUACUUCCCAAGAUGCCCGUGGUCCUCGCUGUGUUGCCUUUCCGGGGUGUGCGAAGCCUCACCAAGCAUCCUGGGAUGAAGCGGAAGCAGGAAGAUCAACUUAGAGCCAUGACAUGGAGCGCCUUUUCGCGAGCUGACGCAGCCUCUUUGACCCCCAGCAGAGAAGAUCAUCCCACAGGCCAAAUGCCUCUUCACUUUUGCCGUCCUGGUUUGAGCUUGAAGCCUGGCGAAUCUGUACACCCUUCUCCUUAAAAGCAUGCACAGCUUCGAGCGAGCUCAUGGUUUGAAACCAGAAUUCGGUUUGUAGGAUAUUUCAAACUUUUGGCAAGGAGAGUUCCUUGUUAAACUGGAAAAUGCUAGCCUGUUCAGGCCGUAAAUAUUCUUCUUUCUCUUAUAUCAGCCGCGAACAGUUUCCAAUCUCAGGCAUUGAUGCCUCUGAGAAGCCUCGGCUCCUGCUGUGUUCUAGGUCGGGCCAGGUUUUGUACAGGUUUUUAAUCAUCUCCCACCAUCUCCUUGGUGAGGCGAGUUGCCAGAAUCCUGACUCAGAAAAAAAGAAAUAUGAAACUGUGGGCCUUUGAUGUUUUGUAUAUUCCUAUUUAAUGAAGCACGCAAGAGAACGGUUAGCAGCCAUCUAUGACUUCCCCACAAAACGGGCGCAUGCAUGUUCUACAGAUCAGAUGUGUGUCUGGCUCCUCCUGCCGCCUCUUACGAAAUUCUGAUUUCGGGGAAUCUAACGCGAUUCUUGUUCCCUCCCAUUUUAUUUUUAUUAUUAUUUUUCUUAAAGAUACUUGGUGUAAUGUAGUGUUUAUGAAAUUAAAAUCAGCAACCAGUGCUGUUCGUUCUAAGAUCAGGUAUGUGAUAGUUUUAUCUGCCGAUUCUUAUCUGUACACAUUUAGCCUCGGGUGAGUGGGACCGUAUCCUCCCCCCCCCCAGUGCAGGGCAGAGGGAUAGCCAAACCCACACUAUCUGCGGCACCUGAGCCACCAACAGCCCUGCCUUAUUCCCGUGUUGUUUAAUUUUUUUGUGUUGGUUUUUUUUAAACUAUUUUCAUUUUGGCCUUUUUUGUUUCUUGUUAUUGUUUCCGCUUUUUGUCUGAAGCUAAUGAGCCCCCCAAAAAACGGACACCCCCCAACAAAUCCUAUAUACUAAGUGUAACUGCCAUCAGGAUGUGUGUGGUUUUUUUUAAGCUGUUGCCAAUUUGUGUUUCAGAAGACAAAGUUUAAAAAAACAAAAGAAAAACUGCCUUACGAGGCCAUUUGAUUCCCUUGUGUGCGCAUUAAAAAAAAUAGAACUCACAACACAAGCAGUUCCCUCGCCCUACACGAGAUUGUUCCAGAAGAAACGGAGGGGAGAUGCUUGAACCGUUUCUGUCCAGACGCACCUUUUAUUCUCUUGUCCCGUAACCCUGGGGCAACUCUGGAAGAAGUGCUGAUCCGAGUUUUGUAGAUACGGCCGGCACGUCUCUGGCCUCACUCAACUCCUCUCUUAACUGGUGUAACUCUUUUUUCCCUCCCUGCCCUUCCCCCUUUUUGUAUUUUUUUUUAAAUAUUGCCAUCUGUCUGCGUAACAGAAGGCUUUGGUCGGUUUUUCCACCCACCCCCUUAUUGUACAGUAUAUAUGCUUAAAUACCUUUUUUGUAUAUUUAGCGUGCUUUUAAGUUAUUGGUUUUAUUUUAUAUCAGAAUAAUUUAUUUUUCAGGUACCACUUUUUUCAUUUUAACUUUGUUUUUAACAUGGGUUUACUUUAAAUAAAGUAUGACGCUGCUAUCCAGAA